AAUCCAGGACUAUAUUAUUUUGAGAGAGAAUGAAUAGUAGGGGACAUCUCCAGUCUCUACUGGUCAGACCAGCAUCCUGUGGAAUCUGGAGCUGGAGAUACCAGAGAUGAUUGUCUUCUUGAGAGUAGGAGGAGAUGAAGGGUGACACAUAGAAGAAUCACAGCCAUGAAGCCCAGGAGAGAAGUCGAGGGCAUGGGCAGACUCCCUGUGACACCCAAAAGCGCUCCCACCCCUGCCCUCACAGCUGGGUGUCCUCUCAGGAAAUCCCCUUCUUUUAAGGGGCCUGAGGUACUCAGAAGUCUUUGCUGCAAGUCCGGGGUAUUCAGUCCUGUUGUAGGUGAGGUCUGAGCAAUGUUUUAAUUGUGGUUCCAUUCUCUAGAUGAGAAAACUAAACCCUAAAUGCUUCAUCAUCUGUCCUCAGGUCCUUUGGCCCUAAUGAAUCAGAGAAGAAAAGAUACAUCAGAAACUGUUGCUUUCAGCCUCUUGAUUAGUGAGACAGAAACAAACCAUCGAUACACAGUGCUGUCUGGCUUCCUCUGUGUGGAAAGUGCAGAGGGAGAUUUUGAGGGUCUCGUUUGCCAAGGCCACAAGCUCAGGGGGAAGCCAGCUACCACGUCAGGAGGACGCUCAAACAGCCCCAUGGAGAGACUCAUGUGGCAAGGAACCGAGGCCUCCUGCCAGCAGCCAUGUGAACAAAGCUGUCUUGGAUGUAGGUCCUCCAGCCCCAGUCAAGCCUUCGGAUGACUGCAGCUCCAGUGGACAUCUUGACCUCAUCGCAUGAAAGACCAUGAGCCAAAACCACCCAGAUGCUCUCAGCGUCUGGAUGGAGCCCUCAGACAUCCCGGAGACCACCACCCCUUUUGAGUAUGAUCCUCAGAGCUUUCUGUGUGAGAAGAAGACCUUUGUCUUUGCCACCUUCAGCACCACCAUCCUGUACUGCCUGGUGUUCUUCCUCAGCAUGGUGGGCAACAGCCUGGUGUUGUGGGUCCUGGUGAAGUAUGAGAGCCUGGAGUCCCUCACCAACGUCUUCAUCCUCAACUUGUGUCUCUCAGACCUGGCGUUCUCCUGCUUGUUGCCCGUGUGGAUCUUGGGGUACCACUGGGGCUGGUUGUUGGGAGACUUCUUUUGCAAGCUCCUCAACAUGAUCUUCUCCAUCAGCCUCUACAGCAGCAUCUCCUUCCUGACCAUCAUGACCAUCCAUCGCUACCUGUCUGUGGUGAGUCCCAUCUCAUCGCUGCGUGUCCACACCCUCCAGCGCCGCGUGCUGGUGACCAUAGCUGUGUGGGCAGCCAGCAUCCUGUCCUCCAUCCCCGAUGCCAUCUUCCACAAGGUGUUCCCUUCGGGCUGUGAUUAUUCAGAACUCGAGUGGUUCCUAGCCUCAGUCUACCAGCACAACAUCAUCUUCCUUCUCUCCUUGGGGAUUAUCCUGUUCUGCUACGUGGAGAUUCUCAGGACCCUGUUCCGCUCGCGGUCCAAACGGCGCCACCGGACAGUUAGGCUCAUCUUCACCAUUGUGGCGGCAUACUUCCUCAGCUGGGCUCCCUACAACCUGAUCCUGUUUCUGCAGACACUGUUGAAACUUGGCGUCAUUCGGAGCUGCGAGGUCAGCCAGCAGCUGGAUUAUGCCCUGCUCAUCUGCCGCAACGUUGCCUUCUCCCACUGCUGCUUCAACCCGGUGCUCUACGUCUUUGUCGGGGUCAAGUUCCGCAGACACCUCAAAAGUCUGCUCCGGCACUUCUUGCUCUGCCGGCAACAGGCACCUGGCCUUCCCCUGUCACCUCACCCCCCAGGUGCCUUCACCUAUGAGGGCAUCUCCUUUUAUUGAGAGGGAGUUUGGUGGAGCAGGUGGCGGUAGACAGAGGAGCCGGAGGAGGUGGAGCUGAAGGAGAAGCAGGGCAGGAAGGAGCAUAGAAGGCACAGCUCUGGGACACGCUACCACUGCAGCGACGGGGGUGAAAGAAGUACAUUACGUCAAGGGGUCCUAUAUGCCCCCUCUUCUGCGGAAAAUUUCCCCAUCUGGAAAUUUUAUAUUGCCAUCCAGAAAAACGUUUCUUAGAUUUUGAGAAAAUCUUUUAGCAUUUAUUCUUUCAUUCAGACAUGGAUUUCUUAUCCUUGCUUAGUUCAGAAGGCUCUAAAAUAGGAAAGCAUGCCCUGAAAGGAGCAUCCCUCAAGAUGUUAUGAGGGUCUGAAAUUCAACUGUGCAGAUGUAGGCUGCUGGCAAGACGGUCUCUCCCCUCCCUGACGGUAGGGCUGUCCCAGCUGAUUUUGGAGGGGGUUGGCUCCGGAUGGGGCUCUCUGCAGAACAAAAGUAAUCACAUCCUCAAAUAAGCACAGUCAAAAGGAAAUCUGGACUCUAAAAACCCGCAGCUGGACUCGAGACAUGUUCUGUAUCAUAGUUCCAGUUGCUAGCACGUGAACCGGCACUGGCAUAUUUAGUCUAUAAUCUUAAGAAUGAGUGCGAUAAGUGCCAUCUUCUGCCGGCAUUUAUUUGGAGGAUGUAAAAAUGAAUGAGAUGCAGACGCUACCCUCCAGGUGCCAACAGUCCAGCUCUGAAGCCCAGAUAACCAAACACCUACCUUGAUGAAGGCAUCCAGAGUUGAAGAUUCCUCCAGCAUCGCCUCCUCUCCAGCUGGGUAUUGAGCUGACAUUUCCGAUUCAUCAUGUUCCAUCUAAAAUGUUCUCCCCCUCCUGGUUGAUGGUCCCAGCUUCCCCCCAAAACCAAGUUAUCUUUGAGCCCUGCAUUUCCUUCCUCUCCACUCCCACUCCCACCGCCAAGUCCUGUUGAUGUUACUUUCCCAGUGUCUCUCACAUGCCUGUGGCUUCGUCCCCAAACCGCCUCACUUCCUCUGCACCUUCCUGCUGCUCAUCUCUUUCCCCACCAAGCGUCCUCUGCAUUGACAUCAGGGUGCUUCAGAACCCUCAGUGGCUCCACGUUACAUGGCAAAUAAAGCCCAAACACCGUAGGCUUUAUUUGCAUGUAAAUAAAGGCCCCUACGAUCUGGUGCCAACUAACAUUUCCAUUCUUUCUAAUUUUAUUCCAACCUAAGCCCCCACCCCCCAAGCAGCCUGGGAUCCAGCCACAAAAGGCCACGGGUCCUCUCCCAGAUACCCUUUUCCCAGUCUCCUCUGGGCCUUUGUCAUGCUGGGCCUUCUACUCCCUAACCUACAAGCCCCAGCUGAAAUGCCAGCUCCUUCAGGAAGGUGUCCACAACCUGUAAAUCAGAAGAGCACUCUCUGGGUUGCUACAGCACUCCGCUUGUUCUCUCUAAAAUAGUAUUUGGCGCUCUCCAGCAUGUCGUAGUUACACCUAUGGGUGUCCUAUCUCCCUGCCCCAUCACACUGCAGACUGCCAGAGAGCAGGAACCUGGUCUUGCACCCUGCCGAGCAGUGGACCCUGGUGUUCUAUCACUGUGUACUGAGUGGGAGAAAAGAAUGAUAGCUGUCAUUAUUCUUACAAUUUAUGCUCUUUGUGAGAGCCACGCUCAUGUGACAUAUUCUACCUUGUUUGCCCAGGCUGCUGCUUUAUAAAUAUUAACCUUUCUUUGCUAGUCUCCACUCUCAGAGCACGUUGCUUAUCUCUCUCUGUGGCAUUGGGUAAACUUGCCCUUGCUUUUUAGUUAGUGGUACACAUGCCUGUCUCUUACACUGUCCCAGAGCUUCACAUCCAAGGACAUAGAUAAAAACCACCCUCUGAGCUUCCCCAUACCCCACAGACCUGGUCUCAAUCUGUGAACCUGAUUCAGCUCUGGAGAGGGGCCUUUGGAAAAGCUCCCCAUGUGAUUCUGACAUGCACCCCAGUUAGGAACAUUUGGCUGCAACUCCUUGAAAAUGGGAAUUCCAGAGUCUUCCACAGUCCCUUGAGCAGGACUUUGCACUCAGCAGGCACUCAAUACAUGCUUGUUGAAUAAAGUAGCUACUAAUAGAGCCCUCACCUGGAGCCUAGAGAGCUGGUAAAGCAUUUUCCCCUUCACUUCCUGCUGCAAUUGAUCAAUGAUCUAUUUGCCCCUGGGCAGCCAGCCUUGAAGGAGUUUGAGCUGACUGGGGAAGAGUGAGGGUCUAGUUUUAAGAAUUAGGCCUGUAGCACCUGUUGGAGAGGGCUGGGUAGUGCACCCUUGAAGGGAUAAAACUCCUGUGGACUUAUAGCCAGUUGGUGGGGCCAUCACUCACCACAGAAGAAAGGAACAGCAAAAGGAAAGACAGUUAUGGGGUCAGAGCUAAGCCUAUGAGCUUCUGGUCAGGCUAAUCAUUCUGCACUCCUUCAAAUUGAUAUUAUUACAAUUUUAUUCAACUUUUGUUCAGAGGGCGGGCUGAGCCCAGGGAUCAGAAGAGCUGAGGACUCCACUGACACACCCACUUCGCCAAACCAAAGCAGGUUUUGAGCCCACUCUUCUUAGAAGGCAGGUUUGGGGAGCUUGUAUCCCUACAGAGCAUGCAUGCCCUCACUCCACCGUCUUCUCGCCCCAUCCCAUUCCUUUACAUCCCAAGAUACUUACCUAAGUAUUCUUUUCAACACAUAUAGCUGUAUCCCUGGGAGCACUUCAUCAGUACAAUCACAUUUGUCUCUUUGCAUUUCUAGUGAUGUUUUGGCAUCCCUAGUAGACUAGCUCCCGGGGUAAUCUUUUUAAUCCAGAGUUUUCUCCUAAUCUAGCUCCUUGGGAAUCCAAGGGAAGAGGCACAGAGAAGGAGAGGGAUGAAUGGGAAGAUGGAGGGGCAUCCGUCCUACCAGAAAGGGAACCUGGGCAGGACUGCUGAAGGAAGCAACCCACAAGCUGCACCCCAGUGACCACACCCCACAUUUGUUGACCACACUCUGCAUGGACCACAACCUCCUGCUUUCCCCUCCCCCUACCCACUGAAACCACUGCUCAACCUCAACUGGACCAUUGUGGGCCUAUCCCUCCUACUCCAGUCAAAAAAUGGUGCCCUGGACCCGGUGCUGCAGACCUCCUACCACUCCUGGAGCAUAAAAAAUCCACAGCAGCUCUGAGGGAAGAUCCUCUUCACAGCAUUUCCACCUCCACACUCUCGGACAAAAUCAGCAAGAGAGAAACCUUGCUGAUCUCUAAAUAGGAACAUGCCUGCAAGCCUGGGGCAGCCCCAGACCUCAGAUGACCCAAGCCAGAGUGGAAGUUCCUUGAGGGCACAAACCCCAUGUUGCAUGUCUAGAACCUCCCUCAGUGCCCAGCAAUGUUUGUGGUUGGUUGAGUAAGUGGAUAGGAGACCAUCUUUUUGACUCUUUUCUACCUCUGUUUCUUCUUCUCACACUUGCUUAUGUCUUCCGGUCAACACCAGGCACCACCCCAAUGGGCUUCCCAUGAGCUCUUCUCUUGGGCCACCAGCCCGGACAGUGCCUGGUUUGUUGAACUCGCGGCUUUCAUUUAUGAAACCUGCCUGUGACGGGACAAAUAUGAAUUAUUCUUAAAAUCAUCUCAUAAAAACAGAAAGCAUCACUGUAUCAUAUAUGCAAAUAAAAGAUUAGCAUGUAC